CUCCUUCUUCCUCCCUUGGCCGUCGGGGAGAGGCCGCUGCCGCUGCUGCCGCCGGCGAUGUCUGCGCUGGAGUGGUUCGCGCACAAGUCCCUGGGCGGCGGGAUCUUCUGGAUCCAGGAGCGCUUCUACGAGUCCGGCAACCGGGCCAACAUCUGGCUGGUGCGGGGCUCCCAGAGGGACGUGGUCAUCGACACCGGGCUCGGCCUCCGCAGCCUCCCGGACUACCUGCGCUUGGCGGGGCUGCUGGACGCCGCCUCCUCCUCUUCCUCCUCCUCCGAGGCGCCGCCGCCGGCGAAGCCGGAGGGGGUCCCCGGGGCGCGUCCCUUGCUGGCGGUGGCCACCCACGUCCACUUCGACCACGCCGGGGGGCUGCACCAGUUCCCGGAGGUGGCCGUCCACCGAGCCGAGGCCGGGGCGCUGCGCCGCGGGGACAACUACGAGACGGUGACCUGGCUCUCGGGCCGGGAGGUGGUCCGCCCGCCGGCCCCCAGCUGGAGCGCCAGGCAGUUCCGCGUCCGCCCCGUCCAGCCCACGCUCCUCCUCCAGGAGGGGGAUGUGAUCAGCCUUGGUGAUAGACAGCUCACUGUCAUGCACAUGCCUGGGCAUUCAAGAGGAAGUAUUUGUUUGCAUGACAGAGAACGGAAGAUACUGUUCAGUGGAGACGUUGUAUAUGAUGGCUCAAUGAUUGACUGGCUUCCUUACAGCAGGAUAAAUGACUAUGUUUCAUCCUGCCAGCGACUGAUAGAAUUAGUGAAUACGGGCCUUGUGGAGAAAGUCCUUCCGGGGCAUUUCAACACAUUUGGUCCUGAACGACUUUAUCAUUUGGCUUCAAACUACAUUUCUAACGCUGGGAUUUGUCACAAAGUUUCAGCAUGUGCAAUGAGAUCAGUCGCAAGCAUAGCACUUCGUGCCACAAAUUCUAGAACAACUUCAUAGGAUAACAUAUUUAAUGUUCAGUUGUCAAACCCAAUAAUGUAUGUUAGUUUCUUUAAUGAAAAAAUUGGCUGUUAAGCCAUAAACUUAUUUUUAUCUACUUCAUUUCUAUUUUUAAAAUUAAAAUAAAAUGCCAAUAUAAGCUAGUAGCUGUGCCAAAGCUACUUAUUUUCUUUCUUUCUUUUUUCUUUUUCAGGCAGGUUUGCACAUAUAUUGAGUGCUGUCUCACAGAUAUUCUCAUGUUGUUUUGUAUAUUAAAGCAUUCUGAAGCAUAUGAUAUGCACUUGUUUUGCACUUGUGUCAAAUUUUAUGAUGAGAUCUUGAAUUAGGUAUUUGAGUCGAAAGCAUAGAUUAAAUGGCUGGUCUUUAAUUGUGGGUGUGGGUUGGGAGAUUCAGAACAUUCCUCUGUCUCAAUGGAUGCACUAGGCUUAAGUAUUCAAUAAUUUAUUUUUAUUGAAUGGGUGAAUGUAACCUGUAGUUAUUACCAAAUAUUAAGGUUGUAUUAUAUAUUGUUACUUUUCUUCAAUUGUGUUGCAUUUGGCUUUUGUUUCCAAAACAAGUGAAAUAGCAGUAAAUAUUUGAAGAAUAUUGCUUGCUCUGUAAAUGUGACCAUUGUUUAAGUGUGAGUGUGUGUAACUGUUAAGGCUUCCGGUCUGAUAAUUUUAUAUAUAGUACACAUGCCCAAGAUCAAUGAUUUCUUUAGUACAGCAGCUGGAGAAAAAGCACAGCUUUUGUUAGCUACAAAUGGUUAGAUGCAUCAAGUAAAAUGGUUAAUGGAAGAAGAAGAAUUUAAUGCUUUUGGGGAGGCAUUUAGCAAAAACCACACCUUUGGGUCAGUUUGUGUGUCUUUGGAUCUUUGCAGAUUACACAUGUGAGCAGAACUUUAGGUAAAAGUUUUGCAAACUCCUAAAGCUGUUUUUCCUUAUUUUCCCCAAUUUGUGUAGUACUGACCUUCAAGCAACUUAACAAAACCCCUUUUCACUUGUCUUUUCUUUUUGAUUAUACAUAUAAUAAACUCUGUGUAACCCUCUGGAAUAUUACUAGUUUCCUAUGCGAAGACUGUUUUUUGUGUCUUAUAAUUGUGAAAUGGAAACUAAUUUGAUUAUUAAGUAUUCCGUAAGAAAGGUAUGGAAAGUGGCCCUUUCUUGUGAGAUCCAUAACAGCUUUAGAACUCUGUCUCAUCUUGCAAAUUUGUUUUUCAUCCUUCUGUCAAUACAUAGUAUUCCCUCUAAAUCAAAGAGUGCAUUGCACAUAGGACCUUAUCACACGGGGAGAAUCGGAGGUUUAAACAGCGAUUAUCUCAUGCAAAAUGCGAUGUCGCAAUUAAGAGUUUCACAUACAUCAGUAUUAAACAGGCAAUACUUAGGCAAUAAACAGCAACAAAUCAUUUUCAGGAUUUCCAUGUGAAUGAUU